AUGAAUGUAAGGGCGAGAGAUGUUAGUGGUGCCUUACCUGUUCAUUAUGCUUGCCGCUUUUGUACCAAGGAUAAUAUCGAUGAUAUGCUUGAACUAUUCGAAAAUUUUCCACAGUGGUCAGAAGUUACAACUUAUGAUAAUAAAAGACCAAUCGAUAUAGCUGCUGAGUACGGUCAUGUUGGUAUUGUCAAAAAGUAUUUGCGCAAAAAUGAAAAUUCAAAUAGCAUAUAUACAUUAAUACGUGGUGCUAUUCGACACCGCACUGGAUAUCCUGAUCUGAUAAAAUUUUUUGCCACUGAAGCACAAAAUGGCCGUGUACAUGCUCGCGAUUUCAUAGAUCGAACACCAUUACAUGACGCAGCAAGUUGGUCCACGGAUGAUGAUGAUGAAAACAAGGGACGAAUUGAGUUUAUUGAUAUUCUAGUCAAAUUAAAAGCUGAUAUAAAUGCGACAGACAUACGACGAGAUACACCGUUGCACGUAGCGUGCAAAACUGGUUCACACAUACUAGUAAAACAUCUACUCAAGUUGAAAGUCGAUCUUUUGGUAACAAAUAUUCAAGGUUUCAAUUGUCUUGAAGUGGCAAUUGAAGAGGGAAAUGAACGAGUGGUCAAAUAUCUUCUUGAACAUGAAUGUGGGUUCGAAUUAAUGCGAAAUGCACAAAAUGAGUAUCCUGAUAACACACCUAUGCGGAAGCUCAUUAGAUCAAUGCCUGACAUGGCUAAACUAAUAAUUGACGAAUGUACAUUGACCGUUGGUGCCGCAAAAUCACAUAUACAUAUGGAAAUUUACAAUUACGAAUUUUUGGAAGAUUGGUAUUUCAUUGACGAUUGGAAGAAAGGUCUAUGUGAGAAUGUUGCUCGAGCAAUUGCAAAUGGAACAAUCGAUUCUGAAGUCAUAAAGCAAACAGUUGAUUAUUGGCUUAAGUAUAUAUUGUACGGAUUGAUGGUACCAAUAUUUGUAAAAAAUUUCUGGAUUAUACUGAAUUUUGCUCAAUUAGAUUUAAGAAAAAUAUUUACAGUUUCUGUUGAACUAGGAGCAAUUGGGCUAGGUGCCUAUUUUAUUUAUGAUUAUAAUUAUCAAGAAAAGAUUGUUAUGCGUUGUCCUAUUCAAUGGCAAUUGGGUGCAUUUGGUCUCUUUCUCAGUUAUUUGGGCAUGAGUUACUACGUUCAAUAUGCUCCAAUCGUUGGUGUUUAUGUUGUCAUGAUGAUAGCUAUAUUUCAAAGAUUUUUUCUUUUCCUCCCAGUAAUUAUAGUUCUUGUUUGUGCCUUUGGAUUCUGUUUUUAUAUGAUUUUUCAAAAUCAUACCCCGUUUUCAGAACCUGGCCUUGCUUUAGACAAAGCAGCUAUGAUGAUCAGUGGCGAAAUUAAUUUUAAUGAUGUCAUGUUUUCCAAUGAGCAAGAAGCUUAUUAUAAACUUGGUUAUGUCAUGUUUAUUCUAUUCGCACUUUGCAUGACAGUAAUAACGACAAAUGUUUUAAUUGGUCUUGCCGUUGGUGAAGUUCAAGCUUUGUUAAUGAAAGCUAAAUCUGCACAACUUGACAUGACUUAUGAGCUUGUACGUGACUAUGAAAUUCUUCGAAUGCAAUUUAAUCAUCGUAUAUGUAAGCCUUGUCGUCCGGGAACGAUUUUUGAGACUCAAACGUAUAAAGCUAUCGAUAUUGUCAAACUUCCUUGCUCUACACGAUUGGGAAAAUGGUUGUCGAAGUUGUUCACACGUGAAUUGUUCGCUAGUGAACUAGGAGAUGAAGCUAGUGAAGACGAUUCCGAACGACAAAUGAAUAUACUUGUGGAAAUUCAAAAUGAAAUGCGAAAACUUCCUAAACCAAAAGAGGACAAAGACGAAAACAAAGGCUUUCGAUGGCCAAAUCAAUACUCGAAACCAAAACAUGUUUCUAAUAGCUAA